CGGCUCUGCACAGGUGACCGGCCCCGCACGGGUGAGCCCCGCCGGGAGGAGGCUCCGAGCCCGCAGCCGCUUCCCGGUUCUCUCCCUGGCUCAGCCCCUUCCCGCAGCUCCAUCCGUCAGUGCCCGGCUGCAGUUCCGCCUUUUCACUGAGCCGGUGGCGCUUUCGGUUUGGAAACAUCGCCCUGUGCUUCUCGAUCUGCCGGGUUUUCUCCCAAAAUUGAUAUAUUCCUAAAGGGUGCCGUGAUCUGAAACUGCCUCCGAGGAGGGUUUAGGCUCGGUGUCCUCCCUCGGGCUAGGAGCGAUAGGACAAGGGGAAACAGCCCCGAGCUGUGCCAGAGGAGGUUCAGGCUGGACAUCAGGAGGAAUUUCUCCGUGGAAAGGGUGGUCAGGCCUUUGCAAGGGGCUCUCCACAGAGUCCCCAUCCCUGGAGGUGCCCAAGGAACCCCUGCAUGUGGCAUUCAGUGCUCUGGGUCACGGGUUGGACUCCAUCAUCUCACAGCUCCUUUCCAGCCUCAGAGAUCCUGGGAUUCUGUGAUCCAGAAUGUGCCUUGACCUGAAACACUCAGAGCAGGCCCCUGGAUUGCUUCAAAGGGAAGAUUCAGAGGGAAUUCCUCUUCUUGGAGAGGCUCCCUAAGCUUUGUUAAUUAAUAAUAAACCCAAACGUGCUGCUUGCUCCAGGCCUAAGCGAUUUUGGGCCCAGAUGUUGAACAUUUAUCCAGCUGUGGUGCCAGGCAGAUGCUGUGAAACAGACACAAAACCACAGCAAGAGAAGAUUCACCACUGUCAACAACAUCUUGUCAUGGACCAAGCGCUCCUCCGUGUUUGUGCCUCCUGAGCUGGUGGCUUAAAGUGGGAGAGGGAAUAGAUGGAGAGCUGGGGAGCAGAGCUGAGUGAAUGUGUGAACAUCUGGAGCAGAUCCUGACGUGCCAUGCCUGCCUCUCCCACAGCAAAUCCCUGAGUGAUGAGGAGAACCUGAAGCUGUUUGGGAAGUGCAACAAUCCAAAUGGCCACGGGCACAACUACAAAGUUGUAGUCACUGUGCGAGGAGAGAUUGACCCAGUCUCGGGGAUGGUGAUGAACCUGACAGACCUGAAGGAAUUCAUGCAGGAAGCGAUCAUGGAGCCGCUCGACCACAAAAACCUGGACAAGGAUGUGCCCUACUUCUCUGAGGUGGUGAGCACCACAGAGAAUGUUGCAGUGUUCAUCUGGGACAACCUCCAGAAGCUCCUGCCCCAGGGAAUCCUUUACAAGGUGGAAGUGCAGGAGACAGAGCAGAACGUCGUUGUUUACAAGGGAGAAGAAACAAUUGUGAAGUGAAAUCAGCCUCAGCUCAGCUGCUCAGGAGAAAUGCUCCAUCAUCAGCUCCAUGGAUUCCUCCAGCCCUGCUCAGCAUUUCCUGCAGCCAGCCCUGGGUUCUCUUACAUCAGGACAAGUGCAGAUAUUUCACAAGGACCCUCAUGGGCAGCAGUUUUCCCCUCUAGCUUCUCAGAAUGGGUUGGUUUCUCUGCUUUUCCUCAAGACCUUCCUGUUUUGCCCAGCUGAGCCACCCAGCUGAUGUGAAAUUUAGAAUUGUGCCAUGAUAAAUAAAGCAGCUUUGGAGAGAAAAGGUGGCCUGGCAAAAUCACAAAAUUCUUUGAUUUCUCUCAAAUUAAAUAUUGAUUUAUGAUAUUUAA